CUCUGACAACGGAUUCUAUGAUAAUGGCACUUCGGCGGAUGGCGGCACGAAGAGGUUGGCCGCGAUAUUUGUAUUCAGAUAACGGUACUAACCUGCGGGGCGCUGAUUCGGAAUUGAAGAAAGCCGUUCAGGAACUAGAUGAUGAAGUCUUGAUAAGAGAAGCUGCGAACGAAGGAAUCCAGUGGUCGUUUAUUCCACCCGCUAGUCCCCAUUGGGGUGGGGCAUGGGAACGACUGGUGCGCAGUGUAAAGACUUCUCUAAAGGUAAUUUUAAAAGAAAGAGCGCCCAAAGAUGAAACUUUGAGCACUCUUAUAGCCGAGGUAGAAAAUAUAGUGAACUGUAGACCCUUAACUCACGUAUCUGUUGAACCUGGAAGUGAUGAGGCUUUGACGCCAAAUCAUUUCCUCCUCGGAACGUCGUCCAGCUUACCUGUAUUAGGUUGUUUUAAUGAUAACGACUUACAUCUCCGGAAGCAAUGGCGCAAGUCACAGCUUCUAGCAGAUAUGUUUUGGCAGCGAUGGGUCAGAGAGUACUUGCCGGUUUUGAUUCCACGUCAAAAAUGGAACCAAGAACAGAGGCCUCUGCAGGUAGGUGACCUGGUGCUGAUAGUGGAUCCUGGGGCUCGCCGAAACGUGUGGUUAAAAGGUGUGGUAAGUCAAGUAUUCCCUGGAACAGAUGGUCGGGUGCGCAUGGUUGAGCUGAAAACUAAGUCGGGAACGUUAAGGCGUUCGGCAACACGCGUUGCACGAAUUCCAAUAGUAAAUGAGUGCUGAGCCAGCACUGGGGUGGGGAAUGUA